AUGUUAGCCAACAGCUUAAGUCGUCAUUUAUCCAGGAAUUACAUUACCUUUGCCAACCUAAGGUAUAUGUCACAUGUUCCAAACAAUAAUUUGGUUACCAAAUUUAACAAUCCUACCAACCAAUUUAGUAAUUUAAACACAAUUGGUAACCGUAGGGGACUAUCAACCUUUGACUUAAAUGUCAGGAACAAUUUAGUUAUCAACAAGAACCAGUUGGGUUGUCUAACUCCCUACAGUAACAAAUUUGGAGUAAGGUAUGACGGGGGUGUGGCCACUCUUGGUGCCGCAGUAGCCUUAAUGUCAGUAGGGGGAGUUGCCCAGGGCAUAGGAAACCUGUUUGCAGCCCUGGUGUCCGGAACGGCAAGGAAUCCCUCCAUAAAGGAAGAUUUGUUCACCUACACGUUGAUAGGAAUGGGUUUCCUCGAGUUCCUCGCAAUUGUGUGUAUCUUGAUGGGUGCCAUAAUGAUGUACUCGUAA